CUGGUCCUGCUGGGAUUUCUCUUUUGUAUUUUUGGGCUUCUUCUUAUUUGGAUAGAGGUUCUCGAGAUCGAGACCGACAGAAAUUUGGCAUGGCUUCGGACGCCGUUCGUACCCAGGUCACUGCUAAAUGGCAAGAGGCCUUCAAUCGCCUCAAUCGUGGCGCACCUGGCAUAACUGGGCUUAUGACAUUCAGUGAGGCAUGGACUAUAGCUAGCGACUUUCUCUACCCUCGAAACUUGGGAGACCCUCCAAAGGACUUCAAUUCGAGACGUGUCAGGACCGCCUUUGAUGUGCUCGCGAAAUGUCGAAUGCUUCCCACCCUUCUCGAGAGCUUCAUCGAGAACAUGCGACAACGACAGCACCUCGUAACGCAAGAUGUUGUAGAGCGAAUGGCACAGUAUGAGGCCACAGGAGAUCCUGACAUCAUUGGGCGACUUGUUCUUCGAGUUGCAGAGUGGUUCAGAGCAUGGGCCCCCGGUAGCGAACUUGGCCAGACCAUCACCUCCGCUUACACCGUUAGUUUCCAAACACACAUAUCCUCGAUCCUACCACCAACAUUCGCAGGCGGGUUCAAGCGGCUUAUCGCCGCAACAUUGACUGCACUAACCGAUCCGGAUUCACCGAACAUUCCACCAUCUGUGCACCACGAUAAGCUGUGGUAUUCGUUCGAGCUGCUUGGGCUCGUUGAUCGUUAUGAGUCACUCGUUGCGAGCGUCUGCUAUGAACAUAUAGAGAAGCAUGUCUCAGACACGUGUGCAGGCAAGUGGGACGAGCCUAUGCUGUCGAAACUGAGGGGGUGGAUGGCGGAGAAAGUUGUGCCGUGGAUGUUACUACCUUACGCACGAGGUGCUAAAAGCGCUGAGGAGGCGAAGUCCAUGUUGCAGGGUGUGGGCUCCAGAUUCGAUUUCCAUGUUUGCAAGACGCUUUGCGAUCUUAGGACUAAGGAAAUGUUCGACAUCAUUGUCGACUACCCAGAAUCCACAAGUGCACUACAGGAUCUCAAGGAGUGCCUCCAGCGAGUCGACCAGCGCUCACAUCUGGUCAACUCGCUACGGCGGGCAAACAAACGACGGCUGUUACAUCCCGGUGCAGAUACACGCGAUAUUCUGACCCAAUACGUGUCCAUUAUCCGAUGUUUGCGUAUAGUCGAUCCACCUGGCGUACUACUGUUCAAAGUAGCAGAUCCUAUACGACGUUACCUUCGUGAUCGACCUGACACCAUCAGGGCGAUUGUGGCGAGCCUCGUCGGAGAUGGCGAGAGUGGCGAGAGUCUCAUCGAUGACAACGAGCCAAUACAACCUCUACAGAGCGUCCAGGUCGAUGACUAUAUGGAUCCCAACUGGGAACCAGAACCUAUUGAUGCAGGACCAGAUUUCCGCACGAACAAGCCCAGUGACGUGAUCAGCACACUUGUCAGUAUCUACGACUCGAAAGAUCUGUUCGUCAAGGAGCUACAGGUUCUGCUCGCUCAACGCCUUUUGGCUAUCACAGACGGCAACUUCGAGAAAGAGCGUCGGAAUAUCGAAAUCCUCAAGAUUCGCUUUGGUGAAGCUCCGCUGCAGGUGUGCGAGGUCAUGUUGAAGGAUAUGACGGACUCUCGCAGGAUAGAUCAGCAUGUUCAGUCACAGAAGGAGUCCAUCAUGCAUCCAACCAUUAUCUCACGCCACUUCUGGCCACCAUUGCAAGCCAGCUUGUUCGAGAUGCCUGGACAAUUCAAAGACAUUCAAGCAGGAUAUGCGCAGGAAUACGCAAGGUUUAAACCGGAUAAGAGGCUUCGCUGGCUGCCCCACUUAGGCACGAUACAGCUAGAGAUCGAGCUAGAAGAUCGGACCAUCUCGGCGAAUGUACCUCCCCUAGAAGCCGCUUUCAUUGAACUCUUUUCCGCGAAAAGUACUUGGACCGUGGACGAGCUGGUGGCGCGCGUAGGUUCUACAGAUCGAACGGCCGCGUUGAAAGGUCUUUUGGCAUGGGUCGAUCGGGGCGUCUUGAAAGAACACGAAGGCGAGAAGUUUAUAUUACUCGAGACAGCAGACAGCAGUGGCGAAGCCAAUAAGCCUCCAGGCUCGAGACCUGUCGUAGAGGAGCAACCUCCUGUGGUCACCGUUCAGCAGCAGCAGGCAGAGCAGAUGAAGGUGUAUUGGCAGUUUAUCAAGGGUAUUCUCACCAACUACGGGUCCGCGUCGAUUGAUAGGAUCCAUACGAUGUUGAAGCUCGCGCCUGGAUAUGAUAGAACUCCGGACCAGAUCGCUGCGUUCAUGGAUGCUGCAGCCAGGGAGGGGCUUGUUACAGCCUCUGGAGGCAUGUGGAAGCUCAAGCGAUGAGUUCUGCUUACAUAUGUGUCGUUGAUGGUCUCUCGCUGGGAUAUUGGUGAUGACCGGGGCUUGAUUUUUUGCCUGCAUUGUUGUUUUCAAUAGGACGGAUUGCUCGCUUGUGUGUAUGAUACCAGCAUGAAUGUCAAUUACCGCAUCAUACACAGAUUUUCGAAACGUGCUACGCCGGACAAUAUGACCAACGGCUGAACCGUGGAUUC